CUGGUCACCGUCGCAUUUUGCACACGAAGAUCCUGCUGCGCCCAGGUGUCAUUACGAGUGGCACGCCGUUGACUCGUCGUAUUCGGGUGUCUUCGCCGCGCAGGUCCGACCGUCGGAAUCGGCGCCCGCGCCAGAUAGCCCUGUCGUUCGGGCCGUAAGGUGGGGCACAGAGAGCCACCUCCGGUAGUGCAGUCUACCGUGUGGCCGUCGGUCAGCGACAUGCUUUAGAAUGGACAUUCCGAGACUUGAUGAGUGACCCGCCGCAUGUGUGCAGUUUUUACCGGGCUCGCUCUGGGUCUUUAUCACAAUGUCGCAUUCGUUCCCGAGACUUGGCGUCAAGUAGAUAUUGGGAAGAAAAGGAGAACCGCCAACCCCAGUGUGGGUAUCCUGGCCAGUUGCGUGAGCCACCCGUGAGGUUGCCUGAUGUACUUGGCAAGAUGAAACGUCUAGAUCGGUUCGUAUUCACAGGCCCUGCUACAGCUGGCGAGUGGAAACUACGCCUCCGACUGUGGAACGAAAAACGGCCUCAAGAAGAUCCCGGCUUACUCCAUAUCGCUUUUGGACGAGGUGUCUUCGCACACCCGAGUCGUGGCGUGGCAGAUCUCAUCCGUCUCGUUGUGCGAGAACCUUGCGUCCAACUGCGGGUCUUGAACAAUCUCUCUACGUCCUCGGAGAGGUCGCUUUCGGUACCUACCUAGGUAGUCUGAAAGAAUACUUGCCGAAAUGACCCCACAGCCUUGGCGUUGGUGAACUAUCUCGAAGUUAUAGCAUAAUACUCAAACAAAGCCAAUCUGCCUGUCGUUCUCGAUCUUUUGGCUCGAGAUCGUAAUGC